AUGGCAACUUCCGCCGAUUUCUCUGACGUAGAUGGCUGGAUUCAGCAUCUCAUGCAAUGCAAACAGCUUCCAGAAGCUGACGUUAAAAGAUUGUGCGACAAGGCUCGUGAAAUUCUUACAAAUGAAUCCAACGUACAACCUGUUAGAUGCCCUGUGACAGUUUGCGGAGACAUUCAUGGUCAAUUCCACGAUCUGAUGGAACUUUUUCGUAUCGGCGGAAAUUCACCUGAUACCAAUUAUUUAUUUAUGGGGGAUUAUGUUGACCGUGGUUAUUAUUCCGUUGAAACUGUCACUCUGCUUGUCGCCCUUAAAGUUCGAUAUAGAGAUCGUGUCACAAUUCUCCGAGGGAAUCACGAAUCUCGGCAGAUCACUCAAGUUUAUGGUUUUUAUGAUGAGUGCCUAAGAAAGUAUGGUAACGCAAAUGUUUGGAAGUUUUUCACCGACCUGUUUGACUACCUACCUUUAACGGCAUUGAUUGAUGAACAGGUUAGCCUGUCACCAUCAAUUGACACGUUAGACCACAUUCGAGCUUUGGAUAGAAUCCAGGAAGUUCCCCAUGAAGGUCCAAUGUGCGAUUUAUUAUGGUCGGACCCAGAUGAUCGAUGUGGCUGGGGAAUUUCACCUAGAGGUGCUGGUUAUACCUUUGGGCAAGAUAUAUCGGAAGCAUUCAACCAUAAUAAUGGACUAACAUUAAUUGCUAGAGCUCAUCAAUUAGUUAUGGAGGGAUACAACUGGUCGCAAGAUAGAAAUGUCGUCACAAUUUUCAGCGCUCCAAACUACUGUUAUCGUUGUGGCAAUCAAGCUGCUAUCAUGGAAAUAGACGAACAUUUGAAGUAUACAUUGUGA